UUUGUAUGUGAAGGGUUUAUUAAAUGAACCUGGAUUGGUACGUGUACUUGUUCUGACCGUCACAGCUGUUUUACUUCUCACCUUCAGGAUUAAACUAAUGCAGGGAUCGAGUUUACCUGUGUUUACCAAGUUUGAUAAUCCUGCGAGUGUAGCUGCACCUGUAUCCCGUACCCUGAGUUACUUAGUCCUGCCCGCAUACAAUAUAGGACUCCUUCUCUGCCCAGCAAACUUAUGCUGUGAUUGGACCAUGGGAUCCAUCUCCCUCAUCACUUCUAUAUCAGAUCUGAGAAACUUGUUAACACUUUUUCUUGGAGCCUAUCUAGUCCAUACAGCACUCAUCAUUUUCAAAUCAGGAACAUAUAUAAAUCUUAAUAAUUGAAUUUAUUAAUAUACCAAUUCUUUAUGAAUAAAAAACUUAGAAUACCUUU